UUGAGAAGGUCGAAAGUUGCUUCUAAGCAAUCUCAAUGUACAUAAGUGUAGAUAGACAACUCGCUUAAUUGCUUCAUAUCAAACAUGGCGCAAAUGAUGAUACCUAGGAUUGCGCUUAUUUCCAUUAAAAAUAGUAGCCGUGUAAUACCUCGAAUUUUCCUGCCAUCAAAAUAUCAACGAUCAUGUUUCCAUACAAGCUGGGUUCUCGAUGUCAAAGGGAAGGAAGUCCUAAUGCCUUCCUUGUCGCCCACUAUGGAAAGUGGUACUAUUGUCAAGUGGCUGAAAAAGGAAGGUGAGAAAAUUGAACCAGGAGAUGCACUUGCUGAUAUCCAAACUGAUAAAGCAAUUGUUACUAUGGAGGUUGAUGAUGAGAGUAUUCUUGCAAAAAUAAUUGUAGCAGAAGGAACCAAAGACAUCAAAGUAGGAACAUUAAUAGCUCUUACAGUUGAAACUGAUGAAGAUUGGAAAUCUGUAGAAAUUCCAGACACUGUAUCAGCUGCACCUGCAGCUCCUUCACCAGCUCCUACACCAGCUGGUGCACCACCUGCAAGUGCACCAGCUGAACCACCUCCUGGCCAGAAUAAUGUUACCAUGCCAGCACUGUCACCAACAAUGACUACAGGCACAAUAGUAAAGUGGCUUAAAAAGGAAGGAGAUGAAAUUGAACCAGGAGAUGCACUAGCAGAAAUCCAAACAGAUAAAGCUGUUAUGACUUUUGAAUUUGAGGAUGAAGCUGUAUUUGCUAAGAUUCUGGCUCCUGAAGGAACUCAAGUUGAAGUAGGACAAUUAAUUGCUAUUACUGUUGAAAAAGGAAUGGAUUGGAAGAAUGUUGUUAUUUCAACAACCACAAAACCAUCUGCAGCGCCUGCUAAAGGUACUGGACGGCCUAAUCGAUUGCUAAAGAGUGAUGUCUUAGCCUAUAUCCAAGUAAAUAAUGUUAAAAAAGUUGCACCAAAAACAGCACCUCCACCUAUGGUUGGAGAUGGCAAAAAGGCUGGUGCUCCUUCAAAGGCACAUGUACCUACUGGUGGUCCUUCUGCUUAUGAAGAUAUUCCAGUUUCCACUAUACGUGGAGUUAUUGCUAAAAGGCUUGGAGAAUCGAAAAGUAAUAUCCCGCAUUCUUACGCCUUCAUCGAUAUUAAAAUGGAUAAAUUAAACGAAAUUCGUAGCGAACUCAAAGCUGAUGGUAUUAAUGUUUCGAUAAACGACUUCAUUACGAAAGCAGCCGCACACGCACUGGUCGAAUGUCCAUUUAUCAAUACGUUAUAUCAAAAUGAUCAAAUAAUCCGUAUGCCAAAAGUUGAUAUUUCCAUCGCAGUUGCAACAGAGUCGGGUCUUAUUACACCGAUCGUGUUCGAUACUGCGGCUAAAAGUGUGACUGACAUUUCUACCAAUAUUAAAGCACUAGCAGAAAAAGCUAAAACUGGUGGUUUAAAACCAGAGGAAUUCCAAGGCGGUACAUUCACAAUAUCCAAUUUGGGAAUGUUUGGAAUUAAGCAAUUCUGUGCCAUUAUAAACCCUCCUCAAACGGCCAUACUUGCAGUUGGAGGUGGUCGAGAUGAAUUAGACGCUGCGUUGCAGAAAACAACGAAAAUGUCGGCUACCCUGUCAUACGAUAGACGAGCAAUCGAUGAAGAUCAAGCUGCGGACUUUUUGGCUGUUUUGAGAGCCCUAUUGGAAAAUCCAAAUUUCCUUGUCGCUGGUAGAAUACGAGCACUAAGGUAUGCGCAGGACUGA